CUGCAAGCAAAUGACCUUCAGAAAGAAGUAUACCAGCAUCUGGCCUAUUAUGUACCAAAAAUUUACUGCAGGGGUCCUAACCCUGCCCCACAAAGAGAAGACAUGCUGGCACAACACGUUUUGCUGGGACCAAUGGAAUGGUAUCUUUGUGGUGAAGAUCCUGCAUUUGGUUUUCCAAAGCUUGAGCAAGCGAACAAACCUUCCCAUCUUUGUGGCCGUGUUUUUAAAGUGGGAGAGCCUACGUAUUCUUGCAGAGACUGUGCAGUUGACCCAACUUGUGUGUUAUGCAUGGAGUGCUUUCUUGGAAGUAUUCAUAGAGAGCACCGAUACAGGAUGACAACAUCAGGUGGUGGAGGUUUCUGUGACUGUGGUGAUACAGAAGCUUGGAAAGAAGGUCCUUACUGUCAAAAGCAUGAACUUAACACUUCAGAGACUGCAGAAGAAGAGGAUCCUCUUGUGCAGUUACCAGAAGAUAUGGUAGCAAGAGCUUACAAUAUUUUUGCCAUCACAUUUAAAUAUGCAGUAGAUAUAUUAACAUGGGAAAAGGAAAAUGAAUUGCCUGGCCUGGAAAUGAUUGAGAAGAGUGACACUUACUACUGCAUGCUGUUUAAUGAUGAAGUCCAUACCUAUGAACAAGUCAUUUAUACUCUUCAGAAGGCUGUCAACUGCACGCAGAAGGAAGCUAUUGGUUUUGCAACAACAGUAGAUAGAGAUGGACGUAGGUCUGUUCGAUAUGGAGACUUCCAGUACUGCGAUCAAGCAAAAUCAGUAAUAGUGAGAAAUACCAGUCGUCAGACAAAGCCAUUGAAAGUACAAGUUAUGCAUUCAUCUAUUGUUGCCCAUCAGAGCUUUGGUCUGAAGCUCCUAACUUGGCUUGGCAGUGUUAUUGGAUAUUCAGAUGGCCUUCGUCGAAUAUUGUGUCAAGUUGGCUUACAGGAGGGGCCAGAUGGUGAAAAUUCUUCUCUUGUAGAUAAGUUGAUGCUGUAUGAUUCUAAAUUGUGGAAAGGAGCUAGAAAUGUGUAUCACCAGUUAUUCAUGAGCAGUCUACUUAUGGAUUUGAAAUACAAGAAACUUUUUGCUAUCCGCUUUGCAAGAAAUUACCGGCAGUUGCAGAGAGAUUAUAUGGAGGAUGAUCACGAGCGGGCAGUAUCGGUGGCUGCUCUGUCUGUCCAACUCUUCACUGUACCUACUCUGGCUCGAAUGCUAAUAACGGAAGAAAAUCUCAUGACCACUAUCAUCAAAACUUUUAUGGACCACUUAAGACACCGUGACAUCCAAGGCAGGUUUCAGUUUGAACGUUACACUGCUCUGCAGGCUUUCAAAUUCAGGCGUGUUCAGAGCCUUAUUUUGGAUCUCAAGUAUGUGUUGAUAAGUAAGCCAACGGAGUGGUCAGAUGACUUGAGGCACAAGUUCCUAGAGGGUUUUGAUGCCUUCUUAGAAUUACUCAAAUGUAUGCAGGGUAUGGAUCCAAUAACUCGUCAAGUAGGACAACACAUAGAAAUGGAACCAGAAUGGGAAGCAGCAUUUACAUUGCAGAUGAAAUUAACACUUGUUAUUUCAAUGAUGCAGGACUGGUGUGCUUUAGAUGAAAAAGUGUUAAUUGAAGCUUACAAGAAAUGCCUGACUGUGUUGAUGCAGUGUCAUAGUGGCUUUACUGAUGGAGAACAGCCUAUUGUUCUCAGUAUGUGUGGACAUUCAGUUGAGACCAUCAGAUACUGUGUUUCUCAGGAAAAAGUUAGCAUUCAUCUCCCAGUUUCUCGUUUACUUGCAGGCUUGCAUGUUUUGCUGAGUAAAACUGAAGUGGCAUAUAAGUUUCCAGAGCUGCUGCCCCUGAGUGAACUAAGCCCGCCUAUGUUAAUAGAACAUCCUCUACGAUGCCUAGUCCUAUGUGCCCAAGUGCAUGCAGGGAUGUGGAGAAGAAAUGGGUUCUCUCUUGUUAAUCAGAUUUAUUACUAUCAUAAUGUGAAGUGCAGGAGGGAGAUGUUUGACAAGGACAUAGUAAUGCUCCAGACAGGUGUGUCUAUGAUGGAUCCAAAUCACUUCUUGAUGAUAAUGCUGAGUCGCUUUGAACUUUACCAGAUAUUUAGUACUCCAGACUAUGGCAAAAGAUUUAGCACAGAGAAUACUAACAAGGAUGUUGUUCAACAAAAUAACACUCUUAUAGAAGAGAUGCUAUACCUCAUUAUAAUGAUUGUUGGUGAAAGAUUCACUCCUGGAAUAGGACAGGUAAAUGCAACAGAUGAAAUCAAACGAGAGAUCAUCCAUCAGUUGAGCAUCAGGCCAAUGGCUCACAGUGAAUUGGUAAAGGCAUUACCUGAAGAUGAGAACAGAGAGACGGGAAUGGAAAGUGUGAUUGAAGAAGUAGCCUGCUUCAAGAAACCUGGAUUAACAGGCAGAGGGCUCUAUGAACUAAAACCAGAAUGUGCCAAGAACUUCAAUCUGUAUUUCUAUCACUUUUCAAGGGCAGAGCAAUCAAAGGCAGAGGAAGCACAAAGAAAGCUGAAAAGACAGAACAGAGAAGAUACAGCACUUCCACCACCAGCUCUUCCUCCUUUCUGCCCACUUUUUGCAAGUCUGGUUAAUAUUCUGCAGUCUGAUGUCAUGCUGUGCAUUAUGGGAACUAUACUGCAGUGGGCAGUAGAACACAAUGGCUAUGCCUGGUCGGAGUCCAUGCUGCAAAGGGUUUUGCAUUUGCUUGGAAUGGCACUACAAGAAGAAAAACAACAUCUGGAGAAUCUCAGUGAGGAGAAUGUUGUAACGUUUACCUUCACUCAGAAAAUAUCAAGACCAGGAGAGGCACCCAAUAAUUCCCCUAGUAUACUAGCUAUGCUAGAAACGCUGCAAAAUGCACCUCAUCUGGAAGUGCACAAGGACAUGAUCAGAUGGAUAUUGAAGACUUUUAAUACUAUUAAGAAACUAAGAGAAAGCUCUUCUACAAGUCCUGUGGCCGAGACAGAGGGAAAUAUUAUGGAGGAGAGUUCACGUGAUAAAGACAAAGCUGAAAGGAAGCGAAAAGCUGAGAUUGCCAGACUGCGCAGGGAAAAGAUCAUGGCCCAGAUGUCUGAGAUGCAACGGCAUUUCAUUAAUGAAAACAAAGAACUAUUUCAGCAAACUUUGGAGGAGCUAGAUACUUCGACUUCCGGAGUACAUGCAAAUAGCCCUGUAAUUUCAGACGCAAAACUCACAGCCUUGGGACCAGAGCAAACUAGAGUAGCUGAACACAGACAGGUUGUUAUGUGUAUAUUGUGUCAGGAGGAGCAAGAAGUUAAAGUGGACAGCAGGGCUAUGGUCUUGGCAGCAUUUAUUCAGCGAUCAACUGUGUUGUCUAAAAAUAGAAACAAAAUUAUUCCAGACCCUGAAAAGUAUGACCCAUUAUUCAUGCACCCAGAUCUGUCAUGUGGAACACACACGGGUAGCUGUGGACAUAUUAUGCACGCUCAUUGUUGGCAAAGGUAUUUUGAUGCUGUCCAAGCGAAAGAGCAACGAAGACAACAAAGAUUACGAGUACACACAAGUUACGAUGUAGAAAAUGGUGAAUUCCUUUGCCCGCUUUGUGAAUGUUUAAGCAACACCGUUAUUCCUCUGCUUCCUCCAUCAAGAGUUUUGUUUAACAGGUUAGACUUUUCAGACCAACCAAACCUAGCUCAGUGGGUCAAAACAAUAUCUCAGCAGAUAAAAGCACUGUAUUUACUUCGAGACGAAGAUUCUGCAAGCAAUUCUGGUAAUUCAGAAAAAAUGCAUCAGCUGCAAUUGCCUGAAGGAUUUAGACCAGAUUUCAAGCCGAAGAAUCCUUAUUCUGACAGCAUAAAAGAAAUGUUGACAACUUUUGGUACGGCAACAUACAAAGUAGGCUUGAAGGUUCAUCCAAAUGAAGAAGAUCCGCGUGUACCUAUAAUGUGCUGGGGAAGCUGUGCUUACACGAUACAGGCUAUAGAACGAAUUUUAGCUGAUGAAGAUAAACCAUUAUUUGGUCAUUUGCCUUGUCGACAGGAUGACUGCCUUACAUCAUUAACAAGAUUUGCAGCAGCUCACUGGACAGUUUCAUCUCUUUCGGCAGUACAGGGUCACUUUUGUACUCUCUUAGCAUCACUGGUGCCUAAUGAAAAAAGUGGAAAUCUUCCUUGCAUACUUGAUAUCGACAUGUUUCAUUUAUUGGUAAGCUUGGUGCUCUCUUCCCCUGCCAUACAUUGUCAGGAUUUUUCAGGGGUUAGUCUUGGCACUGGAGAUCUUCACCUGUUUCAUCUUGUCACUAUGGCACACAUAAUACAAAUUUUACUUACCUCAUCAACAGAAGAGAAUGGCAUGGAUCAAGAAAACACUAACAGUGAAGAGGAAGUAGCUGUGCUUACACUGUAUAAAUUUCUUUGCCAGUGUACAGGAAGUGCCUUGAAAGAAAUUUCCUCAGGCUGGCACCUGUGGAGGAAUCUAAAAGCUGGAAUCAUGCCUUUCCUGAGAUGUUCUGCUUUGUUUUUCCAUUACUUAAACGGAGUCCCAGCACCCCCAGAAAUUCAAGUAAAUGGAACAAACCAGUUUGAACACUUAUGUAGCUAUCUUUCCUUGCCAAACAACCUCACUUGCCUUUUUCAAGAAAAUAGUGAGAUUCUGAACACAUUAAUAGAAAGUUGGUGUAGUAACAAUGAAGUAAAAAGAUAUCUCGAAGGCAAGAGACAUGCUAUCAGCUAUGCAAGAGAAUCCAACAAAUUAAUAGACCUUCCGGACGACUACAGCUGCCUCAUUAACCAAGCAUCCAAUUUCUCGUGUCCGAAAUCAGGUGGUGAUAAAAGCAGAGCCCCAACAUUGUGCCUUGUGUGUGGGACCAUGCUAUGCUCUCAGAGUUACUGUUGUCAAACUGAAUUAGAAGGAGAAGAUGUUGGAGCCUGUACUGCACAUACAUACACUUGUGGUUCUGGAGUGGGCAUAUUCCUUAGAGUACGAGAAUGUCAGGUGCUAUUUUUAGCUGGGAAAACAAAGGGCUGCUUUUAUCCUCCUCCUUAUCUCGAUGACUAUGGAGAGACAGACCAGGGACUCAGACGUGGGAAUCCCUUACAUCUGUGCAAAGAACGAUUUAAAAAGAUUCAAAAACUCUGGCAGCAGCACAGUAUCACAGAGGAAAUUGGACAUGCACAAGAAGCAAAUCAAACACUAGUUGGCAUCGAUUGGCAGCAUUUAUAAUAGUUAUCUGCUGAAGACUGGAACUUUAUUAAGAUUUUUGUAACUCAGUAAGCUUUUCAAAGGAGGGAUUAGGAAAAAAAGUCUGAGGGGGGGAAAAAAACCAAACCCAGUCCUGUUAUUUAAUCUUUGUUUUACAAUGUAUUUCAUAAAGAUACCCGUUAACAUUAAUCAAGUAAACUUCUUUCUAUGUAAGCAAGUUUUAUUAGUCAUAUAAUUUGCACUGUGCUUCCUUCACAGAAAUGUCUUGGGUUAUAAACCUGGGCAAAUGAACUUGAGUUUCUGAUAAAAAGGAAUGACUCUUUUUGGAAGUCUGUCUAUGAUUUUUCUUAUAAACUGCAAGAGAAAAAGACUGCUGAAACAGAAACUAGAUAGAGCACAAUUACCGAUUGUGUUUUGCCCCUUGCUAGUAAUCUGAGCCGUUUUAUUUAUUAUUCUGCAUUUUAAUACUUAAGCUGUGUGUACCUGCAAUGGAAUGAAAUAAGGAAGCGAAUAAUGUAGCAAAUGGAUGUUUCAAUCUGCAUCAGUGGAUAAUUCACUCUUUCACUUGGUGUAUC